CUCAGCUGCCGCCCUGCCCGUAGUCAUCAACACCUGGGCGUUUAGGAAGGCUGCAGAGACAGGUGCCCCGGCGGGCGGCCGGCUGGGCCGGGUGGUGCAGGGCAGUGUCGCUCCCUGCGCCUGCUGUUGCGCUCUCUUGCUGAGGGGCUGGCGGGGGGGCUCAAGUUAGCUGGAAAAGAAAAUAAGUCUUUUCUCAGCGAUCGCGUUUCUAUGUGGCAAGAAGAAGCAGGUUCUGACCCUGCUGCCUUUAAACGGACCCUCGCGGCUUGGAGAGUAUUACAGCAGGGGGGUUCAGAGCUGGAUGCAGUUGAGAGAGGCUGUGGUCAGUGUGAAAUUGACCAGUGUGAUGGGAGUGUGGGAUAUGGAGGAAGCCCAGAUGAAAGUGGAGAAACAACACUCGAUGCAAUGAUUAUGAAUGGCAACACUAUGGAGGUUGGGGCAGUUGCAGAUCUCAGGCACAUAAAAAAUGCAAUUGGUGUAGCACGAAAAGUCAUUGAAUACACUAAGCAUACAUUAUUAGUGGGAGAGUCAGCCUCCCUGUUUGCUGUGAGAAUGGGCUUCCCAUAUGAAGAUUUAACUACCCAAAAAUCUCUUUCGAUGUAUUCAAAGUGGCUUAAUCAAAGCUGUCAGCCAAACUAUUGGAAGAAUGUGGUACCAGACUCUUCAAAAUCCUGUGGACCUUACAAACGGCCUGAGGAAGUAACUUGCAAAGAGCAGACCAACUUACAAAGAAGUAUUCAUAACCACGAUACCAUUGGUAUGGUUGUAAUUGGUGGGAGUGGAACUGUUGUUUCUGGGACAUCUACUAAUGGUGCAGCCCACAAAAUUCCAGGCCGUGUAGGAGAUUCUCCAAUAGCUGGAGCAGGAUCCUACGCAGAUAGUACAGCAGGAGGAGCUGCAGCCACUGGGGAUGGUGACAUCAUGAUGCGCUUCUUACCCAGUUAUCAAGCGGUGGAGUAUAUGAGGAUGGGAACAGACCCAACGGUUGCUUGUCAGAAAGUUAUUUCCAGAAUCCAGAAGUAUGCUCCAGAAUUCUUUGGUGCUGUUAUAUGUGCCAAUACAACUGGAAGUUAUGGGGCCGCCUGUAAUAAAAUUCCAGGACUCACUCAGUUUCGCUUCAUGGUUGCUAACCCUUUGCUAAGUCAGCCAACAGAGCAAGUAGUAGAUUGCAUUUAAUUUGUUUUGUCUCGUUGACAUCUAAAUUUAGAGAAGAAAACUGCUAAAGUUUCCCACAUGCUACUUUUUAAAAUGAUUGCUCACUUUCACAGUUGCAUAAUCAUGUGAACAAGUACAAAGGUAUGUUAAUGGUGCACUGUUUUUAAAUAUCUUCUACCAUAGUAUGGCUUUGUGAAGUGAAAGUAGACUUAAUCUGUGAAUUCCUAAUCUGAUUAUCUUGGAAACUGAUUCUGAAAUGAUUGUAAACUGGUAUUAUAAUCUAGAUCUUAAAAAAAUAACAGUGUAGUUUCAGGUUGAUAGACAUAAUUGCAAAAUUACAGUUAUACUUUAUUAUAGAUACUUUCACAGUUAGCAUUGGCAAUUCAUCUUAAAAGUCUACAUCUAAGUGAAAUCACUGAUAUUGAUGUGCUUCACCACUGAGGUCACUUAAGUCAUGAGUUUAAUAGGAAUUUCCUGUCAUCCCAACUUAAUUCUUACACUUUUGCAAACCUAACAAUCAAACCACGGUUCUCAAUACCACAAAAAGUUAGCUGUUACAUAUUUACUUCGAAGUAAUGCCAAAUUUCAUCAUCUUUUUUUGGGAAAGUAGAGCUUCAGUUACUGGGAAAAAUCUUUCAAAGAGAACUCAUAAAGUGGAGAGUUGGUCAUAUGCAUGCAGAGAGACCAAGUGACUAAUGGCUCUUCCAUUCUGUCUAUUUGCAUAAGAACUAAGUAGCUGAAAGCAGUGAAUUGUACACAUUGAACUGGACUUUCAUCAUUUGACAGAAAUCUUGAAUAAAGGACAGUGAGCAGGAGGGACUUUGCCUCUAUGAGAAUAUUUGUCUUUCUAAGAUUUAGUCCAGAAUUUUCUUUUCUCUUGAAAGAAAAAUACAUGUAAAUGUUAGCAUUAAGGAAAAGGAGUUUGAAGACUAAUGGAGAUGAUUUCAAAGCUAAGAGAUAAGGAGCAUCUCCUCAUGGAGUUUCUAACUUGUUUCACAACAGGUGAUAGGAGACCCAAAUAUGAUCUGGUAAUACAGGCCUUUUGAGUAUUGUGUUGGCUCUAACUGGAUGUGAAGACAGAUGGAAAUCACCUUGUCACCUUAUUUUGUAGCAGAAGUUAUUGAUUUUAAUCGCAGUGAUUUCCAUAUCACUAGUACACUGUUCACUUGCAGCACAUUUACCCCUGCAAAAGAGCUGGUCUAUACUUGGAGCAUGACAGUUAGAUUCAACGACUCUGGUUUUCUCACUUUCUUUUUCUGUGUCUACAGAUACCAGGGCUCAUUUGUAAUAGAACUUCAGCAUCUUGAGAGUAUACGUAUUAGAACAUGGUGGCUUGCUGAUCAAAUGAUCUCUUUGCUAAAUUUGAGCUAAGAAAUGUUAAAAAGGGAGAUAAAAAAAGAAUAUCAUGCCUCAUCUUAAACAUUUUUAAUUUUACUUUGUCUACUUCAAUGAAUUUUUGUGUAAUACUUAUAUGUAAGGUUGUUUAGAUGCAUCUGGACUGUGCCUUGGAAUGAUGGUUGCCAUUCAAACUAGUACAGCCAUCUUUCAUGGCCUGCUGUUGAACUUUCUCAACAAAGUCAUUAUUUGAAGAAUUCACUUCCAUCACUUGAUCUUUAGAGCAUCUCAUAGCACAGAGAUCACUG